AUGAGUAGAAGUUCAUUAAUAUUUGAGAAUAAUAAUGAUAAUAAUGAAAAGAAAAAAAGGAAACUAUUUCAAGAUGAGUAUAACUACCAAUCAUGUUACCCUUUGAGUUAUUUGAAUGUAUAUAAUAAUAAUAAUAAUUGUAAUAAUAAUAGUAAUAAUAAUAGUAAUAACAAUAACAAUAAUAAUAAUGAUAAUAAUAGAAUGUAUGACUAUACAUAUAAUCAAUCAUAUAAUUGUACCUAUGAUCAAACAUAUAAUGAUGUAUAUAAUGAAAUAUAUAACGAUUCAAAAAAUAUGUCACACAAUGCAUUAAAUGUACAGGUAAAUGAAGAAACAUAUGAUAAAUCUCUCAACAACUCACAUACCACUUACCCUUUUAGUAAUAUUAUUAAUAGUAAUCAACUUAAUAGUAAUAUUUUAAAUAAUAAUGAAAUGAUAGAUAUGCGUAAUUUUUAUGAAAAUGGUAAUUUUGUUAACCCUAUGGUAGAAAAUAAAGAUCAAAAUCAAUUUAAUGAAUCGCAUAAAAAUAAUAUGAAUAAUACUAUAGGAAAUCUGAAUAAUAUAAAUAACAUAAAUAAUAUACAAUUUGAUAAAAGCCUUUUAAUUAAUUGUAUUGAUGUCUUAUUAAAUUUUAUGAAUUAUAAUAAUUUAAAAGACACCAUAACAGAAGAAACACUUCAUGAAAAUUUAAUCAAUUUACGUUUUUAUAUUUUAAGAUUAAAUGCAGGAAAAGUUAGCCAAAAAAAAAUUACUGAAUAUUUUCAUAAAAUGUAA